ACAUUCUGGACAGAUGGGAUUUUGGUGUUAAGUCAGUGGAUGCUGCAGCUCAUCAUUUCUUCGUUGUUUUAUAGGCAGGMAUAUGUUUCUCCAAAGUUAGCUUCUUGAGAGGGAGGUGCAAGAUGGAAUCUCGACCUUUUUUCGUUUUUUUUCUCUAGGCAGAAAUAUGAAACCUGGUUCAUUUCUGGCAUGUUUGUUCCCGAGCUCCCAGUUCUUAACAUUGCACGUCUCCAUUUAGCUAUUUUAACCAAAAUUAUUUUGACAAUUUUCACAGGAAACUUGUAUUUUUGUGAAUUAUCCACAUAUAUUCUAACACAUUGAAACAUUUUAGAUUUGUUACUCAAAUACUCCACGAUUGUUUUAUCUUGCGAAUAUGACAGGAUGAUAUCGGAGAGUAAAAUCUCUGAACAAAUUAUUUCCUACGUUUUCAAAGGAGAACAAAGUGCUGCAAGUUUUGGUAUGGUAUAUUCGCCUUCACCGCCCAUCCAAUAUUUGUCAGAGGCAAACGGUCUGUAUUGUUUGGAAACUGAGAGCAACGGUUUUCUAUGGCGCAGCCUUGGCCGUUUUUUGUCGGUUAUGUAUCUCUGCCUAGAUAAGUAAUUUCAAGACUUUGUGGAUGUGAGACAGCAUUGACUUAGUUCCAUUGAGUUUUUKGAGUAUUUUGCGUUUUUGGCGGGGGAAAGAUGGCGAGGUUUUGGGGAAAAGUGUCCCUACUUUUCCUUGGAUUUUUGAUGUUUACUUUAGCAUCUGUAAAUGCUGAACCAGAGCAAGAAGUAGAAGAAGAAGGGGAGGAAAGUACAUGUCAGGGGGCUUUUGACUUGUAUUUUGUGCUUGACAAAUCUGGCAGUGUCAAACACCACUGGAUAGAAAUCUACUCCUUUGUGGAGCAUCUAGCUGAAAAGUUUAUCAGCCCAAUGUUGAGAAUGUCCUUCAUUGUCUUCUCAUCCAGAGGAACCACUCUCAUGAAACUGACAGAAAACAGGGUGGAGAUAAGAAAAGGAUUGAAUGUGCUGAGAAAAGAGAUACCUGGUGGAGACACCUUUAUGCACCUGGGCUUGGAAAGGGCGAAUGAGCAGAUACACCAUGAAAACUUUGGGACAGCAAGUGUUAUCAUUGCCUUGACUGAUGGGGAGCUGAACGAACACCAACUCGUCACUGCACAACAGGAGGCAGAGAGAAGCCGGUCUCUAGGAGCUAUGGUGUACUGUGUUGGAGUAAAGGACUUUAACGAGACACAGCUGGCCACCAUAGCAGACACCAUCGAGCAUGUGUUUCCUGUGAUGGGCGGAUUCGUAGCCCUGCGAGGAGUGAUCGACUCGAUCAUCAAGAAGUCCUGUAUUGAGAUCCUAGCUGCAGAGCCCUCCAGUGUUUGUGCAGGAGAGAGCUUCCAGGUAGUGGUGAGAGGAAACGGUUUCCUUCACGCCAGGAACAUAGAGCAGGUUUUGUGCAGCUUUAGACUCAAUGACACCCUCACCAUUAACAAGAAGCCUGUGGAAAUCGAAGACACGUUCCUGCUGUGUACGGCUCCAGUCAUGGAUGAAGUUGGGCAGGUUGUUUAUCUACAAGUGAGCAUGAAUGAAGGCCUGUCGUUCAUCACUAGCUCUGUACACAUCACCACCACAGAGUGUUUUGAUGGCACCAUCCUUCUCAUCACCCUCCUGGUUCUGUUCCUGUUAAUGGCCGUGCUGUUCAUGUGGUGGUUCUGGCCCCUCUGCUGCACUGUGGUGAUCAAGGAGCCGCCACCGCCACCYCCUCCAGAGCCAGAAUCAGAUGAUGAAGAUGGCAUGCCCAAGAAGAAGUGGCCCACCGUGGAUGCAUCCUACUAUGGAGGAAGAGGAGUCGGAGGAAUCAAAAGAAUGGAGGURCGCUGGGGAGGGAAGGGUUCAACGGAGGAGGGGGCUAAACUGGAGAUGCCCAAGAACGCUGUGGUGAAAAUGCCCGAGCAGGAGUUUGAGCCUUACGAGCCCAAGCCCAAGAAGGCCCACAACAGGAAGCCAGCCGCGGACAGGAAGUGGUACACUCCCAUACAGGGUAAACUGGACGCCAUUUGGGCCCUGUUUCGCCGCGGUUACGACCAGGUCUCUCUCAUGAGGCCUCAGCCAGGAGAACAUGUGAGUACUAAAGCCUUAAAACACCCUGGGAGCCCAGCCUUAGUCCAAUCCCUCAUCAGACAGUCCAAUCCCCCAAAAACGCCCCUGCAGUGGCCGACACCUCACCAGUGCCAAGAUUCAUGACAAGGCAGAGCCCAACACCUGCUUCAAAUCAGCCAUAAAAGGGAAAUAAACCAGGACUGUGGACACACUCCAGGAAGUUCCUCUUAAGGUUUUAAAAUCUCUACAUUCACAUGUUUUAACUUUGCAAUGCUGACCCUUUGUAUCAAAACGGAGGUUGGAGUUUGGCUUGGAGUUGGUUUUUGCUCU